CCAAGCGCAGGUGGCCGGUUGGUUUGGGCCCAUGUCAUGUCGCGACAGAAGAAUCAAAGUUUCAAGGGCCAUGGAUUGUCAAAAGGAAAAGAGCGAGAGCCAAGAACGUUAAUCCGCUUCAAGACCACACUCAUGAACACUCUCAUGGACGUUCUGCGCCACAGGCCCGGAUGGGUAGAAGUGAAAGACGAAGGUGAGUGGGAUUUCUACUGGUGUGACGUCAGCUGGCUGCGUGAGAACUUUGACCACACCUACAUGGAUGAGCACGUGCGGAUCAGCCACUUCCGGAACCACUAUGAGCUUACCAGGAAGAACUACAUGGUGAAGAACCUCAAGCGCUUCCGGAAGCAGCUGGAGCGCGAGGCGGGGAAGGUGGAGGCAGCCAAGUGCGACUUCUUCCCCAAAACCUUUGAGAUGCCCUGCGAGUACCAUCUGUUUGUGGAGGAGUUCCGCAAGAACCCUGGAAUCACCUGGAUCAUGAAGCCAGUCGCCCGGUCUCAGGGGAAGGGCAUCUUUCUCUUCCGGAGACUGAAGGACAUCAUGGAUUGGAGGAAGGGCACUGUGGGGAAGAAGCUCACCAUUGUGGAGGCGCAGCCUAACCGUGCCAACGUGAACCCCUCAGGCAGCCAUGACACGAAGAGUUCUGAUGACCAGAAAGAGGAGAUACCAGUGGAGAACUAUGUGGCUCAGCGUUACGUGGAAAACCCCUACCUGAUAGGAGGCCGCAAGUUCGACCUGCGAGUCUAUGUUCUGGUGAUGUCGUACAUCCCUCUGCGGGCUUGGCUGUACCGUGAUGGCUUUGCCCGAUUCUCCAACACCCGCUUCACACUGAAUAGCAUCGAUGACCAUUAUGUUCACCUCACCAAUGUCGCCGUGCAGAAGACAUCUCCUGACUACCACCCCAAAAAGGGCUGCAAAUGGAUGAUCCAGCGCUUCCGACAGUACCUGGCCUCCAAACACGGUCCCGAGGCCGUAGAGAGGCUCUUCAGGGACAUGGACAACAUCUUCAUCAGGAGCCUGCAGAGCGUGCAGAAGGUGAUCAUCAGCGACAAGCACUGCUUCGAGCUGUACGGCUAUGACAUCCUCGUCGACCAGGACCUCAAGCCGUGGCUUCUAGAAGUCAACGCAUCUCCUUCGCUGACAGCCAGCAGCCAGGAGGACUAUGAACUCAAGACCUGCCUGCUGGAAGACACCCUGCAUGUGGUGGACAUGGAGGCCAGACUCACAGGAAGGGAGAAGAGAGUCGGGGGCUUCGACCUCAUGUGGAAUGACGGCCCUGUCAGCAGAGAGGAGGGGCCUUCUGACCUAUCAGGGAUGGGAAACUUUGUGACCAACACACACUUAGGAUGCGUCAAUGAUCGGAAGGAGCAGCUGAGACAGUUGUUCCGAUCCCUUCAAGUGCAGAAGAAAGCUCCUGGCUGACCUCAGGCAGGCAGGAGGCCCUGGCAGGUGCCGUCCUGGCCUCUCACAACAGGACUCCUCUGGCACAGCAUACCUGUUCUCACCUCCCUCCAUCCUGGCAGCUAUUUUAAUGGAGAGGCAGCCUCUGCUUGCUACUUAGACCAGACACCCUAGACUCCCCACUUUAGUACCGCCCCCCCAUCUCUGAAGCAGGGACAGUCAAUCCUUGGGACUUGGGGGGUGGGGGGCUCAUCCUUGACAGAUUGUUGACUGGGCCUAAGGAGGUCAAGCAGCAAGUCCUGCCUCCCAGAGAGCAUGUCUAAUAAAGCAUAGACAGUGAGGCACUGAGCACUGAGCCUGGUUCUGGAUGCCACUGGCAUUUUGAUGUCUCUUUGGUCACGGUGAAGGGUCCGUUGGGCUAGGAAACUUGUCUUUAAGCUAUGAUUAUAAAGUAAAUGAUUUUAGAUUGCCCGUUGGAAGCCUGGGAGGGUGCCAAGCCUGUCCUUUGCGAUGCCCUGAUUCACAAGAACCGGGCCAUGUGAAAACCACAAAACUAGAGCUUCCUGUCUCAGAUGGAAAGAGACCUGGGAAGGCAACACAGCUCAGCCUGGGGCUCUGGGAAAUCCCACCUCUCAUUUGAGGCUUUGUGAUUUAGGAAAGGGAGGCUGACAGGCAAGGUCACAAGGAGUCAGGCGCUUGCUCUGCUCAGAGGCCUCCUCCUGGUCUAGAUAGCAGUGAGCCUGAGCUGGGAGGCAACUUGCUCCAUGGAGAAGGGGACUGGGGGAGGGAAGGGUCAGGUAACACUACCUACCUUCUGGGUGGUGUUUUCACCUACAAAUGCAAACCUGAAUACUUAGAGCCUGAAGGGAAGUCUGGGAAAGAAACACCAGCAAAGCAAGAAGUGAACCAACUGGCCUUGGGAGGCUGGGAGCUGAGCCACCCUGGACAUCCUGCUUCCAGAGCCCAGGGGUUUCCCAAACCUCCGGGCAUGGGCUCUAGGUUCUCAGUUCCUGAAUACAGGACUGACAGGCUCUUUGGCCUAGCAUCCACCCUGGCAGGCAGGCAGAAGCAAUAUUCCAGGAGAGAAACUGUGUGCCAGGCCGACCUACCAGGUGGCUGCCAUCAAAAUGAAUUCUGCUGGGUUUGUAUUCUAAGGUUUGAAGCUCAUGAAACGGUGGGUACAGUAACACCCUCCCUUUGGCCCGGCAGUUUGUCCUGAGGGGACUACACAGCAUCUAUAGCCAGUAGGUCACACACUGCUCAGCCCUUGCUUUGCUUGGCCCACUUCACAGUUCAAGAACCUCCAUCAGCCUGGGCUAAGCCAGCACCUUGCCCUCUGAAGCUGUGGUCUUCUAAAUAGACCCCAGCACAGACAUGCAGCUUGGGCUGGGUCUA